AUGGGUCUCCGUUCGAGGGGUCUCCUUCUCCUCUCCCUCGGGAUAUGGUAUCUUCAGUUAUUUACAGUAGCAAGUGUAGCAUUAAACUCCAACGUCAGAGUUAAACGCCAAAGUGGAACAGAUAGUCUUCUCACAGUCGAAUGGGAAGGAAUUCAAACUGGAGAUCACGCUGACUCAGAAGUGAAAGGAUUCCUCGUCGAAUACCGCCCGGAAAGAAGUGGAGAAUGGCAAUUGCACCCGGGAAUCAUUCCGUACAAGGGACCGAACCAUCAGUACCGUGUACAGAUACCAAAACUACCGACCGGAAUCUCUUAUCUCGUCCGUAUCAAGGUUAUCGGUGAGAAUAAUGAGGUUCUUGUCGAGACUCCCGAAAUUCGUGCCCACAAUGAAAUUGUGUCCAUUAAGUGUGAAAAUGAUGACUUGACUGCUCCUCGUUAUCCAGUAGUCACAGAAGUCGCUCAAUACUCUCUUGCCAUCAAAUGGGAUGUUCCAGACUGCGGUGUCGUUGGAGACUAUCAAGUUGAAUUGACUGGUGUCUCUGCUCCAUUCGAUGUUCACAGACAAACUGUUACUCAGCCGCAUGUCUCUGUCACCAAUCUCUUGCCAGGCACAUUCUACAGUGUCAAAGUGCGUGCUGUCGAUCGUAGCCGCAAUGUUGGACCAUGGAAUUCGGAAGUUCUAGAGGCAAAGACCAAGGGAGACGCCCUUCCGAUUUCCAAUGCCAUUCAACUUCUCUACCGUACCGAUUCGGAACUUCGUGUUAGCUGGCAACCAUUCAUGGAUCCUAGACUUCAACAUUACGAGGUCACCGCCGUGGAGGUUGAUGAAGACUCAAGACGGGUCGAGCGCCGUCGUGUCGAGCCAGCACUUAGCUCUUUUGCUCUUACCGGACUCCGCCCAAGCACCAAAUACACCAUUGGAGUCAUCGCUUUUGUGGACCAUGAACCAAAGCAGGUCUACCAAAUUGAGGCUUACACCACAUCCGGAGGAAUUGAAAGCUGGGAAGAGAAACCACAAGUCGUUGAUCAAGGAAAACAACAGUUCGCAGUUCACUGGAAACUUCCAGCUACCUCGAUCACUGUCAGCAAGUUCAUUUUGGAGUACAGACUUCCAAAUGAGACCACAUGGAGAACCAGUGAACAGAAAGGAGUAGCUGAGGGAUCCGGAGACUAUUCCGUGGCUCUUUCUCAAAUGACUGCACCAUAUUACACCGUUAGAAUUGUUGCUAUUGAUGACCAAAACAAAGUUGUCGCCAGAACCGAAGAACUUACCGUUGGAGAAGCCGCCGAGUCAUCUUGCGUCGGAUCUGCUGGAGUUCCAACUAACAUCAGAUCCACCGAUGUUGAUUCUGAAUCCAUCAAGCUCGAAUGGGAUGUACCACAAUGUGAUGAGACUCAUACCCCAAUUGAUGGAUAUGAAUACAUUGUCUACGAAGCUUCUCAAAAUGCUCCAGCCAAAGGAGCAUCUUAUGUUGGAGCUCCACAUGUCAUCAUUAGGGGAUUGAGACAGAAUGUUGAUUACACGUUCAAAGUAAGAUCCAGAAGUGUGAAUGGACAUUCUCAAUGGAGUAAGGAUGUGAUCAUCGAGACCGCAAUCGCCGGAAGUGUCUCAUCAGGAGAACUGGGAGAACUUAACCAGCUUCUAAGAGUGAAGCGACAAGCUAAACACUUAAUCAAAGAUCCACUCAAUAUUUUUAAGUUGCGAAUCGUUCUCUCGCCACCAUGUUCUUAUCUUGUAUGGACACCGUUAACACUACAUUCUCAGAUAAUAAGUAAAUUCAAAUUGAUGUACAAGGAAGUUAGCUCCAAUAAAUGGAUCAAAUUGGUCGGAGGACCUGAUCACUUCGAGUGCCCACGUGGAAUUGCUGAUCCAGAAGAUUACUGUUAUCAAUUGAAGGGACUAUUCUUUGGAGUUCAUUACAUAAGCAGUAUAUCGUAUCAACUAACCAACGGAGAAGAACUACCAUCCAGUAACCCAUUGCACUUCACUCUAGUUCAACUUGAUGGAUCCGCAUCAUCCAACACCCAAGGAGUCACAAUCACUCAACCACGAAUCGAACAGUCGGCUUCCCGAUCUGUUGCGUAUUGGUCAGUGAUCGGAGACCGUUCCACUGUCGCCGAAUACCAAGUCGACAUCCGAACGACCGACGAACGAUCAUGGAGAGCCGUUGAGCCAUCGGUUGAGAACGAACAAUCUCAGACACACUACCGUCUUCCAUUGGGUCAACUCAACGUCGCUUCCACUUAUUUGGUGAGAGUACGUGCUUUGGAUUCAUCCCGAUCGACUGUUGCCACUUCACCAUCCGCAUCUUUCUCUGUUUUGUGUCAAGUUCCAUCUGCCCCAGAGAACGUUCGUCUGGAACGUGUUUCUGACCAAACCGUCCGUGUUUCUUGGGAAUCCAGUCAGGAAAGUGGAGACUGCCAAUCGUACUUCUUCAUCACAGGAAAACAAAACGGACAAUCCAUCAACCAAAGAGUUCCAGGAAGCGACCGUAGUGUCGAUAUCUCUGGAUCUUCCCAAGGAGACUGGAGAGUUCAGGUUCGUGGGGUGAACACUGCUGGAUCUGGAACUCCAUCUCGUGACGCCAUCUUCUCAUCAACUGCUCAACAAUCAACCCGCCAAAAGCGCAGUGUUUGUGAUCCAAGAACUGAUUUCUGGUGCCAAGGGCAAUUCUCAAACUCGCCACUCAGAGCAACGGACUCUGGUGAAGGUGCAGUAAACCGUGUGUGGUCUCUCGUUUCCACUCCACGAGUCCUUGCCCAAGACAAUGAUUUGAUUGUAAAGUGGAAGUCCGAGGGAGAAGGACGUGGUGUCUAUGGAUAUCAUGUUCAAUUCCGCAGUGAAAACUCUGGAUGGAAAACCUAUGGACAACUUGUUCCAUACGUUGGAGACAACAUGGAAUACACCCAAACGUUGACUGGACUUGAACGAGGAAAUGCUUAUUUCAUUCAUGUUCAAGUUUUGGAUCGUAACUCUUAUGUCAUGUACACUUCUGCUCAAUCAAGUGCCAAGAGCAGCUGCUCUCCACCAACACACACUCCAUCCCAUCUCCAAGUCGCCGCUCCAGAUGCCAGCCACGUUCGUGUCUCCUGGGCUCUUCCACCACAAUCCACAUGGGGAUGUUCUGAUAUUCAAUUCGAGAUCCAACCAGAAGAACCACGUGGACAACCAGCCGUCGUUCUAGGAAGCCAUCAAACUUCUCAUAUUUUCAACUCUGCUCCAAACCAAAUGUGGUCUGUUAAGAUCCGUGCCAUCAACUCUGCUGGACACUCUGCAUGGACUCCAGCUUCACAGGCUAAAACACCACCAGGAGGUGAAUUGAUUAUUGGUCCAGAUGUCAACUAUCGUCAAGGAAAACCAAUCAUUUCAUGGAGAUCCAAAGAGCACACCAACGAUCUUAUCGAAUCAUUCGUUUUGGAAUGGAAGGCAACCACUGAACAGAACUGGAGACAACAUCGUAACCCAAUUCCAUACAAUGGAUGGCAACGUCCAUAUUCUGUGGAUCUUGGAGAGCUUCCACAAGGACAUACCUACCAAGUCAGAAUUGUUGCAAAGGAUCCAAACAGAGGAAACGCCUACACUUCUUCGGUUGUGCAAGUUCAAACCCAAUCUCAAUGCAAAGCCCCAAGAAGAGCUCCAGCUGACGUUCAAGUUUCACCACUUGGACCAACCCAAAUCCGUGUUCAAUGGGCUCCACUUCACGAAUCCGAAUGGAAUUGCGAUCGUUUGUGGUACAUUGUCAAGUAUUCUACUCCACAAAAUCAAGGAUUCAAGAACUUGACGAAUGGAGAAAACUUUGUUGUCUUCGAUUCCGAUCCCUACACCCAAUGGAACUUCGAAGUUCAAGCCGCCAACCCAGCCGGAGAAUCCCAAUUCUCUAGAGCUCAAUCUGCCCAAACCCAAGGAGUGGCUCCAGGAGCUGUUGCUAAUCUCCGUGUUCAACCAAUCGGACCAGAUUCUCUUCAAUGCAGUUGGCAACCACCAAUGAAUCCAAAUGGAAGAAUCACUCAAUAUGAAGUCACCUAUCAACUCAUCUCCAGAGGAAACUGUGACAACAACCAAGAAGCUCCACGUACCAUCACUGUCAACGGGUCACACUUCACCAUCACAGGACUCCACCCACAUUCCAAAUACCGUGUUGGAGUUGCCGCUAAGUCUGAUGUCGGAGCUGGAGAGCGUGUUUCUCUUGAGAUCCAAACUGAUCAAGCUGCUCCAGGUGGUGCUCCAUUGUACCUUCGUACUGAAGAGAUCCGUCCAACUGAUGUCAGCAUUUCCUGGCAAGCCCCACCAUGUCUCCAAACUAACGGAGAAAUCACUGAAUACGAGUAUGAAGUUACUGCUGGAGAUCGUCGUCAAACUGUUCAGAAGACCACUGAGAACAUCCGUGGAACUCGUGCCAGAAUCGAAAACCUUCAACCACAAACUCGCUACAACGUCAAAGUUCGUGCUUACACUGCUCGCGGACCUGGACCAUGGUCAACGGAAGUUCCAUUCCAAACAUCUGCUGGUCAACAGAAUGUUCAAGCUCCAGGAUUCGUCAAGGUUCUUCACACCGGAGCAAACAAUGCUCAACUCGUCUGGCAAUCUCCAUAUCCAAAUCCAGGAUAUGUUGAUAAGUACAAGUGCAGAUAUGCUCCAACCGGAACACAGCAAUUCCAAGAACGUCAAUUCCCAGCUGUAUCACCAUGCCAACAACGCCAAAUCGAGAGACAAAACUUGCCACAAUCGCCACCAGGAGCCAGACUUCACUGUGGAAGAAUCGAGAACUUGAAGCCAGAACAGACCUAUGACUUCCAAGUUUCCGCUCACGUCAAGGACUCCGGAUGGGGACCGUAUUCACCACCAGAGAGAACUAAGGUCACUGACUCUGCUGUCCAAGUUUUGUACGUCAGAAAGAUCGGAGGAUCUGAAAACUCUCUUCAUAUUAACUGGGAUGUUCGUCCAGAUGAUAAGAACAGAGUCACUGCUUUCAAGAUUGUCGUUGUUCCACAAGACGGAUCUCAAAGAGCCCAAACCUUCAACGUGGAUCGUGCCACUUACCAAUACAGAAUUGACAACUUGCGUCCAAGAACCACCUACAAUGUGACUGUUUCCGCUGCCACUCACAAAGAAAUGUGUGGAGGAACCGCCGCUGUUAUGACCACUGAUGCAGCUGCUCUCACCGCUCUCUCCAUGGCUCCAAGAGUCAUUGCUGAAGAACCAACUUCCAUUACCAUCGAAUGGGAAUCUCGUAACCGUGAGGCUGGUGGAUUCAUAGUUGAAUAUCGUCUCGAAGGAGGAGCCUGGCAACAAUACAACCGUCGUAUUCCAGCUCAUCCAUCUCAGACCACCUACACCGCUACUGUCGAUGGACUUCCAACUAACGCUGUCGUCGAUCUGAGAGUUCGUGUUGUUUCUCAACAAAACGAACAGAGCAACCCCUCCCCCGAAGUUCGUGCCAGAACCAAAUGCUCUCCACCAACUUCCCCACCACAAGGAGUUCGUGUCGAUGCUCCAUCAACCAACGAAGUCAGAGUAUCAUGGGCUCGCCCAGCUAAGAACACCUGGAUGUGUGAUCAAAUGAAUGUUGAGAUUAGCUACAGAGUUGGAAACCAGCCAGAGAAGAUUCUGACUGUUCCAGGAGAUCAAACCGAGUACACUUUCCCAGCCGAGCCAAACCAACGCUGGGUUGUGAAGCUCCGUGCCACCAACCAAGUUGGAUCCAGUCAAUGGUCUCCAGAACAAUCCAUCACCACUCGUCAAGGAGCUCCAGGAUCCGUCAGAGAUCUCCGUGUCAAGGCUCUCUCACCAAAUGAGGUUCAUGUCCAAUGGCUUGCUCCACUUGUUCAACGUGGAACAAUUGUCGGAUACGACAUCUCCUACCGUCUGAAGCAUCGUCUCGCCUGUCCAGAAGAGGAACCAAGAGAUGUCAGCAGAGAUUUUGUCACUGUUUACAAUCACAAAGAUCUUGACUACACCAUCACUGGACUCUUGCCAUACUCUCUUUAUGAAGUACGUGUCAGAGCUAGAACCACUGAAUUGGGACCAGAGGAGACCAAAGAGGUGUCUACUGAACAACAACCACCAUCGUCUCCACCACUCAACUUGGAAUCUACCUAUGCUCUUGAACGUUCUCUGUCCUUCCAAUGGGAGCCAGUUGAUUGCUCUCAAAGACACGGACACAUUGUCAACUACGAAUACGAGAUUCUUGGACAAGAUGACUGGGCUAAACUCGAGAGACAAAUCGCUAACACCUCUGAUCUUCGUGUCACUAUCGAUGGAUUGACCCCAUACACCAAAUACGUCAUGAGAGUCAAGGCCUACAACUCAAUCGGAGGAGGACCGAACACAGAGAACUUGGUUGUCAUGACAGCCAAGGCACAAGCUCCACUCCCACCACAAGACUUGGUUGUUGCUCAAGAAGGAACUGACUUCUUCAUGGUUUCAUGGCUCCCACCAUACCCACCAUACGGACCACAUGACGCUUACAAGAUCCGUUAUCAACAGAUUCCAUCUGAAAACUGGAUUGAGAAUGAGAAGGGAGUCAAGGAUCCACUUCUCAAGUGUCCUGGAGAAAGUCCACGCUUCUGCUAUAAUGCUACUGGAUUGGAGUCUGGACAGCAGUUCAAGGUUCAAGUUGCUACGAGAAUCGAAGGAGGAAGCUACGGACCAUGGUCUUCCUUGGUCAUUGCCAACACUCUUCAAGUUCUUCCAGACGCUCCAAGAGCCAUUCAUCUCAUUGAGAAGACUGAUCACUCUCUUCAUAUAAGAUGGAUUCCACCAGUCGAUCCAAAGGGAUACGUUACCCAAUAUCGUGUUUCGAUUGUUUCUCUUGAUGAUGUCAACGAUAAGAAGAGAACUCAAGUUGUCAAUCAUCCAACUUUGACUCAUCUCUUUGAAGAUUUGAAUCCAGAAACCUCUUACAACAUCUCGAUUUCUGCUGGAACCAAACAAGGAUUCGGAAGAGAAAUCUGGACUCGUUACACCACAGAUCCAUUCAACAUUCCAGUUGUUGGAACAAUGCCAACCGUAACCCCAGAUGGUGCAAAUGCUCUUGAUGUCCAAUGGAACGCCGUCUUGGAUCCAAAGAACCGCGUCAAGGGAUACAUCAUUGAGAUCAGAAAUUCCGACACUCCAGUCUGGCAAGAAAUCGGAGGAGUCACCAACCACGAUUCUGUUAAAUCCACCUACUUCAAGAAAUUGACUGGUCUCGAUUCUGACACUCUCUACUUUGUCAGAAUCAAGGUUGUUGAUCACCGCCAGAGAGUCGGAGUACCAUCCCCUGAAGCUCAAGCUCGUACCGGAUGCGCUGCCCCACUUUCGCCACCAACCAAUCUCAACUUGGCUUCUCCAUCCAAUGUGCAAGUCCGUGUCUCAUGGCAAGCACCAAAUCAAAACUCAUGGAAGUGUUCUGCUAUCAGAUACAAGUUGGAAUACAUCAAUGGAACUCAACCAAGAAAGCAAAUCGAUCUUCCAAGCUCUUCUAUUGAACAUCUCUUCGAUUCGAAGUCAAACACUAAGUGGAUUGUCAGAAUCCGUACUGAAAACGACGCUGGAUCCUCCGAAUGGAGUAAGGAAUUGGAAAUUACAACCGCCGAAGGAGCUCCAGGAGCAGUUGAAGAUCUAACUGCCAAGCCAAAAGGACCAACAAGUGUUGUCGUUAGAUGGAAGCCACCACGUGAUCCAAAUGGAGUUAUCACUGGAUACACUCUCACUUACAAGCUCAAAUCUAUCGGAGAAUGUGGACCAAGAAGUGCUGCACCAAUUGAGAAGCACGUCAGAAAUGAAGAACAAACUUUGGAAGGACUUCUUCCAGACUCCACCUAUGAGAUCCACGUCGUUGCUCACACUUCUCAUGCUGGACCACAAUCUUCUGUUGUCACUGUCACAACUGAAGAGGCUGCUCCGACUGGACCACCACAAAAUGUUCGUGUUGGAUCUAUCACUUCAUCCAGAGCUGAUGUCACAUGGGCUCAACCAGAAUGCGAGCAAAGAAAUGGAAAGAUCACUGAUUACGAAUACGAGCUGUGGAGUAUGGAUACUUGGGCAGACAACUCAACUGGACACAAUCCAACUGAACGUCUCAACCUUGAUCAAUUGAUCCCAUACACUCAAUACCAAAUCAGAGUUAGAGCAAUCAAUAAGGAAGGAGAGGGACCAUUCGGUGAAUGGGUUCCAUUUACCACUCAAUCCACAAACCCACCUGCUCCAACUGAUCUUCAAGAAGAGGCCACAUUCCCACAUGCGAUUGAAAUCUCAUGGCUUCCACCAACUCCACCACACGGAAAUGUUGAUUUCUACAAGGUCAGAUACACUCCAACCGGAGAAGCCAACUACAGGGAGAUCCGAGUGGAGACUGACCGAUUGGAAUGCUCCGAUUCGAACAAGAAAGACAGAUUGUGCUAUAGACUCAGCGAUUUGGACCCAGAACAAGAAUACGACAUCCAAGUUUCUGCGCAUACCGAAGGAGGAGGCUGGUCCGAGUGGUCGGAUGAGCUGACAUCGAGAACUCAACAACAGAAUAUUCCAGUUUUGGAGAGAGAACUUGAGGUUACUGAUAAGACUUCCAACUCGAUCUCAUUGAAAUGGGAAGGACUUCCACAAGAUCAAGCCACUCACGUCGUCGGAUACGUCCUUGAAUUCAAAUCAGAAGAUGAUAAUGCUGAAUGGCAAGAAUACAAUGGAGUUGUGAAGCAUCGCAAGUCGACUCAAGACUACAAGAUCACUGUGAAACAACUUGAAACUGCAACUUUGUAUUUCUUCCGUCUUCGUGUUGUUGGAAAGAAUGAUAAGAGAGGACAACCAGGACCAGAAACCAAGGAGACCACUUCUUGUGGAAAGCCAGAGGUUCCACCAGAGGGAUUAAAACUCGAAAGUUUGGACUUUGAAACCCUGAAGAUCACUUGGACUCCACCAGAUGAGAGCACAUGGAGAUGUGACAAUGUUGAAUAUCUUAUCGAUUUCGUCAACACUACUUCUCGUGGAAACUGGACUGUCAGCACUGAUGCCCCAUCAGAGUUGAUUGUUCCAACUCAGCCAGGAACCAAAUGGGAUGUCAAGAUCAGAACCCAGACUGUUGAGGAUAUGGGAAAACCACAAUUCUCGAAAUGGAGUGAUAAAGUCAGCAUCACCACUCAAUCACUUCCUGGAGAAAUCUUUGUCACUGUUGAACCAAAGGGACCAAGAGAGGCUUUGGUUACAUGGGAAUUGCCGGAUAAGGAUCAAAAAUGGAACUAUGGAGUUGAUAUCACCUACAAGCUCAAACAACUUGGAGGAUGUAAUGAAGUACAAACUGGAGCCAAGGAACCAGUCACGCUUCUUAAUGUCCAAGAGAAACAGAUUCCACUGGAGAACCUUCAACCAGGAUCCCUCUACGAGGUUACUGUCACUCCAAGACGUCCACCAUCCCUUCAUUCGUCCAUCGUCACUCCCAAGACUGUCAGAACCUUCCGCACCAAGAACGACGUUCCAACAGGACCACCACAGAACUUACAAUCGACUGUCCGAAAGGAUAGCGAACUUGGAUUCAAGUGGGAUGCUCCAGAAUGUGUUCAACAAAAUGGAAACAUCACUCAAUACGAGUUUGAAUUGGUUGGAUUGGAUGAGUGGAAUGAGGGUACUCGUGAAGGAGUUACUCCCCGUCAGAACACUCUGAUUGAUCAACUCCAGCCAGGAAGUCUCUACCGUAUCAAGGUUCGUGCCUACACAGCCGAAGGACCAGGACCAUGGUCGGAUUCUCUUGAAAUCAGAACCACUGGUAGUGAACUUGGACCGCCAAGAGAACUCACUGCUGUUCAAACCAAAGCCACACAAAUCCAACUCACCUGGCUUCCACCAUACCCAGAAAAAGCUAUCGUUACCGCCUACAGAAUCCGAUACAGUCCUAGAGCCGACGACUCGAAUCCAACAGAAGUCGAGUUAUCUGGAGAUGAACUUACAUGCAGUGGAUACAAGAGUCCAAUCAUCACAUCUGCCAAUCUCUGUGCCACAAUAAAGGGACUUCAACCAUCCACUACUUAUAGAUUCGCAGUUCAAGGACAAUCUUCAUCUGGAAACUGGGGAGAAUGGUCUUCCGAUUACUUCUCCACUACUAGAAACGACGACAAUGAACUUUUGGGUGGAAGCUUGAAGCUUCUCUCCGCAGGACAUGACAAUUUGAAGGUCAAAUGGACACCACCAGCAGUCAUCGGAGAGAAGAUCGACAAAUACGAUCUCUUCAUAUCUGUGGCUUCAGUUCUUGAUCAGAAUCCAAAGAAGUUCGAUGUCAGUGGACACACUACUGAUUAUCACUUCAGAAACUUGGACUCCGUCACCCAAUACAAUGUCACCGUUCAAGGAACUUCCGAAGGAAACAAACUUUGGUUCAUCUCUUCUGUCUUCUCCACCACCGAUUUCGCCGAGGGACUUCUUAGCUGGCUUCCAGCUCCAACUGACCUCCAUCUCAUCGAAAAGAGUGAUACCAUGCUUCAUGUCGAUUGGGUGCCACCAGAGAUCUUCGAUCCAGAACAGAGAGAACUCAUCACACACCAUCGUGUCACCAUUGCUCCAUUCGAUCCAACCACCGGAAAGACUGGACCAUCCAAGAACUAUACUGUUCCAUAUCCAGGAAACUCGAUCAAAUUCGAGGGACUUCGCCCAGAAACCAUCUACAACAUCACUGUCCAAGCCGGAACCAACUCUGGAUACGGACAUAUUCUCUGGGGAACAUACAGUACUCUUGCUCCAGGACAAAGACACAUCCUUCGUCUUCUCAACAGAACUCCAACCACUUUGAAUGUUGCUUGGGAACCAGUUUGGGGACGUGCUCACUCCGGAUACACUCUUACUGCUCGCACUCUCUAUUCCGUCUACGGAAACGUCCGACUCCAACAAAUCAAGAGCUUCGACGUGGACGCCUCUCAAACUGAGUUCGUCAUUCGUGGACUUCAUCCAUCUACAGUUUACAAUGUCACUCUCACUCCAAAGGAUCACAACGAAGUCGCCUGGGGAGCAUAUGCCACCCUUCCACCUGGUUGGUUCGUCGUCAAGAAUCUGAAACAGUGCGACAAGACCGAUUUCGCUGUAUCAAUGUCCUGGGAACCAGUCGAGUUGGAUAUGGCAUCUGACUACCAAGUUAGAUAUUUGAGAGUCAAGGAACACGAUGGAAUCUGGACUGAAGAGGAGGCACGACCAGCUAAGGAACUUUUGUGUCCAAAGGAUGGAUGUGGAAGACUCUGCUAUCUUGUGUUCAACCUUCCACAUAACCCAUCUGAAUACGUCUUCCAGGUUCGCGCCAAGGUUGAUGGAGAAUGGAAUCACUGGAAGUCGGCUCCAAAGAAGAUGACCAGCAGCGAGCCACUCAAUGUAAUUGUUAAUCUGAAAAUCUCGCCCAAUAUGAAUUUAUUUCAGAUCCGUCGUAGUUGUUGCAUCGUUCCACCACCAUACUUCGUCGACAACAUCGGAGCUCCAGGAACCUUCUGGGAAGUUGAUGUGAAUCCAGCUGCUACUGAAAACAAUGUCACCCGUUACUAUGUCGUCGUUGAUGAGCGUGAUCCACCAGGAGAUACCAAUUGGACCGAGUUGACUGAUAAGGUGACAGCCAACAAGAUGAAGAUUCCAUACUACGUGGCUGCCUCGUUCAAUUUGGAAACUCUGCCAGAGCCAAGAAAGGUUCGAAUUGGAGACGGAAGUGUGAUUGGAGGAUACUUGAAUUAUCCACUUGUCAAAGGAAAGAAAUACAACUAUGAGGUGUAUACGAUUUGGAAUGUCACUGGUGCUCCAUUGGUCGGAAGACUCAGAGAUGUCCGUGGUUGGGAUUGGUUAUUCAACCAAAUCUACUUCCUUUGGAUAUUCCUUCCAAUCAUCUGUCUUCUCGUUCUCUGUUGUUUGAUCUGGAUGGUUUAUAAAUAUUGCAAAGAGUUAGUUGGAAGAGCAUGGCGUUCAUCUCCAUACAUCACAUCAUCGUGGCCAUGGUGGUGGCUGUUGCUCCCACUUCUUGCUGCUCUUCUUCUCACUCUUCUCUGCUGUUGUAUUCCUUGGUGUCUUCAACGGUUAAUACUUUUCCCCCCUUUUCAAACUAAUCUUCUUUAUUUUCGAAUAAGUUUCUAUGUAUUGAAAGUACCUCGUCAUCGUUCAAGAAAAGAGCACAGCCGAUUGGUGACCAAUGGGCAACAUGCUCCACUUCUUGAAGAGCAAAAGGCUGGAAUGAACGAGAACAUGAGACAAUUGGAAUCUCGUCUUGACAAAAUGAGAGGAGCUGUCGACGGAAGAGCCCGUGGAGAUUUCGAAGAUGGAUACAUGAAGGGAUACAAGGAUGCCAACAAACUGGGAAGUGCCAACGCUGCCAGAAGACGUUUGGAUGAUGAGUACGGAGCCCGUGACGAUCGUUUCCAUGAGGGAUAUGUCAAGGGGCUCAAGGAUGCUGGAAUGACGGGAAUGACCACUUCAAUGCAUAACUUGGCUCAGAGAACUGGCGGAGGAUACUCUGCUGGAUUCGCUCAAGGAUACAAGGAUGGAAACUCUGGAAUCUUCGGAGACCGUGUCACCCCAUCUUUGGUUUCUCGUCUUGAUGAACAAUAUGCUGGACAGGAAGAUUUCAAGCAAGGAUACGUUGAUGGAUUCAAGGAAGGAGCAUCGUCUCGUGUUGGAGAUAGAUCUAGAUUCGAAGACUCGAGAAGACUCCAGCAAUCAUUGACUGAACUCACCGAGAGAUUGACUUCUCUUGAGAAGACCAAGGGAGAUGAGAUUCAUUCCACCAAGAUAUAUCACGUUUACAACCAACAGCCAGAAGGAGCCACUAUGACAUCUACUGGAGCUCAAUUGGCUCAGGAGCUCGAAGAAAUCGGAAGCACAUCACGCAGAAGCACAUUGAGAAGACACUACACGCCAGGAGACUAUUUGAAACAAGACGCCGAAGAGGGAUACAACUCAUUGAGCAGAAACAGAAGAUCACUUUCUGCGUCCGCUUUGGCUGCCAACAGAGAAGCUGCCCAUCAAUCCUCUUCUUAUCUCCAAACCGGUGGAACUCUCAGCCGUUCCCGUCACCAUAUGUCGCACGCCGGAUCUUCAUACCUUUCUCGAGCAGCUCAAGACGCUCAGAUUGGCACUGAUACCUAUGCGAAACGCUACAACUACCGAUCUCGAUCGGAUGUUGGAAGCCCGCGGCGGUAUGCCAGUCAGACACUUUUAGACGGUUCUCGUCCAGGACCAUCAACUCCUUAUGCCAGACGUGAUGCUCUGCACACUUUGACAAAGGAGUUGGAUAGUUUGAGCCGUUCUCCAGAUGUCCGUGGAGCCACGCCACGUGGCACCACUUCCGCUGGAUAUGGUUCUGAUACCAACGCAUAUGAUACAGUGCGUUCGAGAGCCAGAGGAUACUCCAACUACGAUUACGACACCUUCCAAUCCUCAAGAAAUGUAACUCAAACCCAAGCAACUAGCGGUGCCACCCAAACAUCCGGAGCCACUGCUGCAGGUGCUGCUUCUUCCUCUUCUGCAACCCAACAAGAUAAAUCCGGAAAAUGGGCGGAACAACUGAUCGAUCUUGUGUCAGAGCCACUUGACACCACCAUUGCCCGUAUUAACAAUUACACAUCUUCUUCAAAUGACCGUGGACAAGGAGAUGUCGUAGAAGAGAAGUAUUACAGAAGCCAUAAAGAGGAACACUCAAGUCGUUAA